CCCCGCGCGGGCUUCCCUCUGGCCAGUUGCGCGUGGGCUGAGGCCCUGGGCGGGCGUUGCGAAGGCUUGUUUGCCAAAGCGCGGUCCCUGCCGCAGCCCGGAGUUCCCUUUCUCAGGGGAGUGGGGUAAGGGUGUAGCCCCCCCUACCUAGGGCGAAUGGGUUGUCGUGCGGGCUGCUAAGGGCAGGCUGGGGAGCACGGGGGCCGGGGCCGCGACCGCGACCAUGAACUCACCCGUGGACCCCGGAGCUAGGCAGGCGCUGAAGAAGAAGCCGCCCGAGCGGACACCCGAGGACUUAAACACUAUUUAUUCUUAUCUUCAUGGAAUGGAAAUAUUAUCAAAUCUCAGGGAACAUCAGCUUAGAUUAAUGUCUGCAAGAGCACGCUAUGAGAGAUACAGUAGCAAUCAAGUUCUUUUUUGUUCAGAAACUAUUGCCAAAUGUUGGUAUAUCCUGCUUUCUGGAUCUGUGCUUGUGAAAGACUCCAUGGUUUUGCCUCCUUGCAGUUUUGGUAAGCAGCUUGGAGGAAAAAGAGGAUGUGAUUGUCUUGUAUUAGAGCCUUCAGAAAUGAUUGUGGAAUGCGAACAUGUGUUUCAGGUAGAGAAUUCCAAAGAUAAUGAAGAUAGUAUUCUGCAAAGAGAAAUUCCUGCCAGACAGUCUCGACGAAGGUUUCGGAAAAUUAACUGUAAAGGAGAACGCCAAACUAUUACCGAUGAUGUGGACAUUAACAGCUAUCUUUCUCUUCCAGCCGAUCUUACCAAGAUGCACAUUGCAGACAACCCUCACCCACAGGUGACUCAUGUGUCUUCUAGUCAGUCUGGUUGUAGCAUCGCCAGUGACUCUGGGAGCAGCAGUUUAUCUGAUAUCUAUCAGGCUACGGAAAGUGAGGUAGGAGAUGUAGAUUUAACACGUCUUCCAGAAGGACCUGUUGAUUCUGAAGAUGAAGAAGAGGAAGAUGAAGAGAUUGAUCGAACAGAUCCACUGCAGGGGCGAGACCUUGUUCGAGAAUGUCUUGAAAAAGAACCUGCAGACAAAACUGAUGAUGACAUUGAACAAUUACUGGAGUUUAUGCACCAGCUUCCUGCUUUUGCAAACAUGACCAUGUCUGUAAGGAGAGAACUCUGCUCAGUGAUGAUUUUUGAAGUGGUGGAGCAGGCUGGAGCUAUUAUUCUUGAAGAUGGGCAAGAGCUUGACUCAUGGUAUGUUAUUUUAAACGGCACUGUAGAAAUUAGUCAUCCAGAUGGAAAAGUUGAAAAUCUCUUUAUGGGAAAUAGUUUUGGAAUUACACCCACUCUUGAUAAGCAGUACAUGCAUGGAGUUGUUAGGACUAAAGUAGAUGAUUGUCAGUUUGUCUGCAUAGCCCAACAGGAUUAUUGGAGAAUUUUAAAUCAUGUGGAAAAAAAUACCCAUAAAGUUGAGGAAGAGGGAGAAAUUGUUAUGGUACAUGAGCACCGUGAACUAGAUCGAAGUGGAACCAGGAAAGGACACAUUGUAAUCAAGGCAACACCUGAGCGUCUCAUCAUGCAUUUAAUAGAAGAGCAUUCCAUCGUGGACCCAACUUAUAUAGAAGAUUUCCUAUUAACUUAUAGAACAUUUCUUGAAAGUCCUUUGGAUGUUGGGACCAAACUAUUGGAAUGGUUUAAAAUUGACAGCUUAAGGGAUAAGGUAACACGGAUUGUAUUAUUAUGGGUAAAUAAUCAUUUUAAUGAUUUUGAAGGUGAUCCUGCUAUGACUCGAUUUCUAGAGGAAUUUGAAAAGAAUCUGGAAGAUACAAAAAUGAAUGGUCAUCUCCGGUUAUUAAAUAUUGCCUGUGCUGCAAAGGCAAAGUGGAGACAGGUUGUGCUGCAAAAGGCUUCCCGGGAGUCCCCUCUGCAUUUCAGCCUAAAUGGAGGAAGUGAGAAAGGAUUUGGUAUUUUUGUUGAAGGUGUAGAACCUGGUAGCAAAGCUGCUGAUGCAGGACUGAAACGUGGUGAUCAGAUAAUGGAAGUAAAUGGACAGAACUUUGAGAAUAUAACGUUUGUGAAGGCCCUUGAAAUUUUGAGGAAUAAUACUCAUCUUGCACUUACUGUAAAGACCAACAUUUUUGUGUUCAAAGAGUUACUUAGUAGGACUGAACAAGAGAAAUCUGGUGUUCCUCAUAUUCCCAAAAUUGCUGAAAAAAAAAAUAAUCGCCACUCAAUCCAGGAUGUACCAGGAGAUAUUGAACAGACAUCACAGGAGAAAGGAAAUAAAAAAAUAAAAGCGAAUACUGUUUCAGGUGGAAGAAACAAAAUCAGGAAAAUUUUGGAUAAGACACGAUUUAGUAUCUUACCUCCAAAACUAUUUAGUGAUGGAGGCCUGAGCCAAUCACAGGACGACAGCAUUGUGGGAACAAGACACUGCAGGCACAGUCUAGCCAUAAUGCCUAUCCCUGGAACACUCUCAUCCAGCAGCCCCGAUCUCCUGCAGCCUACCACCAGCAUGUUGGAUUUUUCUAAUCCCUCAGAUGUUCCUGAUCAAGUUAUAAGAGUUUUCAAAGCAGAUCAACAAAGUUGCUACAUUAUCAUCAGUAAAGACACUACAGCUAAAGAAGUUGUUUGUCAAGCUGUUCAUGAAUUUAGUUUGACUGGUGCAUCUGACACAUAUUCUCUCUGUGAAGUUUCUGUUACUCCUGAGGGUGUCAUAAAACAGAGAAGACUUCCGGACCAGUUCUCCAAAUUGGCUGAUAGAAUUCAGCUCAAUGGAAGGUAUUAUUUAAAAAAUAACAUGGAAACAGAAACCCUAUGUUCAGAUGAAGAUGCUCAAGAACUAGUUAAGGAAAGCCAACUAUCCAUGCUGCAGCUCAGUACUAUUGAGGUGGCCACUCAGCUGUCAAUGCGGGACUUUGAUUUAUUUCGUAAUAUUGAGCCUACUGAAUAUAUUGAUGACCUUUUUAAGUUAGAUUCCAAAACAGGAAAUACUCACUUGAAAGAAUUUGAAGAUAUUGUAAACCAAGAGACAUUCUGGGUUGCCUCAGAGAUUUUAACUGAAUCAAAUCAGCUCAAACGAAUGAAGAUUAUUAAACAUUUUAUUAAAAUUGCACUUCAUUGUCGAGAAUGUAAGAACUUCAAUUCCAUGUUUGCAAUAAUAAGUGGCUUGAACCUGGCAUCUGUAGCACGACUCAGAGGUACUUGGGAAAAGUUACCAAGCAAAUAUGAGAAACAUCUCCAAGAUCUACAAGACCUUUUUGAUCCAUCUAGAAACAUGGCAAAGUAUAGAAAUAUUCUUAGUAGUCAAAGCAUGCAGCCUCCAAUUAUUCCACUUUUCCCUGUUGUCAAGAAAGAUAUGACAUUUCUACAUGAAGGAAAUGAUUCCAAAGUAGAUGGUUUAGUAAAUUUUGAGAAACUCAGAAUGAUUGCCAAGGAAAUUCGUCAAGUUGUUCGAAUGACUUCUGCUAACAUGGACCCAGCUAUGAUGUUCCGACAGAGGAAGAAGAGGUGGCGCAGUCUGGGGUCACUGAGUCAAGGCAGCACAAAUUCAAACAUGCUGGAUGUUCAGGGAGGUGCUCACAAAAAAAAGGCACGCCGUAGCUCUCUGCUUAAUGCAAAGAAACUAUACGAAGAUGCCCAAAUGGCAAGAAAAGUGAAGCAGUAUCUUUCCAGUCUGGAUGUAGAGACAGAUGAGGAGAAGUUCCAGAUGAUGUCAUUGCAAUGGGAGCCUGCAUAUGGUACCUUGACCAAGAAUUUAAAUGAGAAAAGAUCAGUCAAGUCAUUAGAAAUGUCUCCAGUGCCUAUGAGGUCAGCUGGCCAAACAGCUAAAGCCCAUUUGCAUCAGCCCCACAGAGUAAGCCAGGUGCUUCAGGUGCCAGCUGUAAAUUUGCACCCAAUCAGGAAGAAGGGACAAGCAAAAGACCCUGCCACAUUAAGUACAAGUUUACCUCAGAAAGUUUUAGGAACGGCUGAAGAAAUAAGUGGUAAGAAACAUACAGAAGACAAUAUUUCUAUGGCAUCAUCCUUACAUUCUAGUCCUCCUGCAUCUCCUCAAGGUUCCCCUCGCAAAGGUUAUACACUUACACCAUCAGCUAAAUCUGACAACUUGUCUGACUCCAGCCAUAGUGAGAUUUCUUCACGGUCCAGCAUUGUGAGCAAUUGUUCUGUCGACUCCAUGUCUACAGCUCUACAGGAUGAACGGUGUUCCUCCCAGGCUGUGGCAAUCCCUGAAGCCACUGGAACAUUGGAAAAGGCGGAGCACUCCUCAGGGAUAGGAGAUCAUAGUCAGCUUGGUCCUGGGUGGACACUCUCAAAGCCAUCUCUCAUCAAGAGUUUAGCCGUCUCAUCUUCUAUGAGCAAUGAAGAGAUUUCUCAUGAGCAUAUCAUUAUAGAAGCAGCUGAUAGUGGUCGUGGAAGUUGGACUUCUUGUUCAAGCAGCUCCCAUGACAACUUCCAAAGCCUUCCAAACCCUAAAGGCUGGGAUUUUUUGAACUCUUAUCGACAUACCCAUUUGGAUGGUCCCAUAGCUGAAGUUGAACCCACUGACUGUGAGCCCUAUACCUGUCAUAAAGGCUGCUCUCGAACUUGUGGUCAGUGUAAAGGAAGCCUAGAGACUAAUCAGAUGAGGCAGAGCUGGGCUUCCUCUAGUUCUCUGUCUGACACAUAUGAACCAAACUAUGGGACAGUUAAACGGAGAGUGUUGGAGAGCACCCCAGCUGAGUCAUCUGAAGGCUUGGACCACAAGGAUGACAUCGACCCAGUUUAUAAAACUGUUACUUCGAGUACAGAAAAGGGCUUGAUUGUGUACUGUGUCACCUCACCCAAGAAGGAGGAUAGGUAUAGGGAGCCACCUCCCACUCCUCCAGGAUACAUGGGGAUUUCUUUAGCGGACCUAAAGGAAGGACCCCACCUACACCUAAAACCUCCAGAUUAUAGUGUGGCAGUGCAGAGGUCAAAGAUGAUGCAUAACAGCCUCUCUAGACUGCCACCAGCUUCUCUCAGUAGCAACCCUGUGGCCUGUGUUCCAUCGAAGAUUGUAACUCAGCCUCAGAGGCAUAAUUUGCAGCCAUCCCAUCCUAAACUAGCAGAUGUGACUGACGCAGAUAGUGAAGCAGAUGAAAAUGAACAGGUUUCAGCAGUGUAGCCUUUGGAUUGACCUGUCUGAAGUCUACUGAAAGUCAUGGAGGAAGGAGUGGGCAGAAGCAUCUCAUGAUUCUGCAGGCCGUUGCCAACAAACAGCUCGCUGCUCCUGCUGCUAACCCAGAGGUUUUAUUCUCUGUACUCUGAGCAAUGAGAUAGCCCUGAAUCAUGCUUCCUUUCAUUUAAUCCCUGCAGAUGCAUAGUUUCCUCAGCUAUGGAUGUUGUGCCUGGAUACCAGUCUUCGCUUUGCACACCAGACCUGCCUUGGGACCACAGUUACUAGAGCAAAUUCAAACUCGAGUCCUCCCCAUAUAUAUCACUAUAGAUUUUCCUUUAACACAUUAUUUUUAAGAUAGUAGUAGUAGUAGUAUUUUCAAGCCAUAGCUUGGGUUAACAGACAAAUUCAGAAUGUCUGCCAAUACCAAGGAUAUUUUUAUGUAUUUGAAAAGUAACUUAUUAUUUGAAGUUUUGUGGUUUUGUUUAUAUUUGGGAGCUCUCGUUAACUGAUGUUCAUGUUUGAGGCCAUAAAACUCUCUCUGAUCUGACCAAACAGAAGCCAUCUUUACAGGAUGAUAUGUUUGAUCUAUACAGAGAUAUAACCAUCUGUAUAGCACCCGUGAAAUGUAGGGUCUCCGUUUGAGUAGAACAGCAAUCCCUUUGCUGUUGAGGUGUUAGGAAGGAAGAUACUGCCAUCUGCUGGUCAGGAUUUGGAAAGCCAAAUGAAGCUACUACAGGGUCUUAGCAGUCUUUGGGGAAAAGGAGGGGGUAUGAUGGGGUGUGUAGCAACCCUAAUUUCCAAAGAAUGAAAUUCUUAUCUUACAUAACAUGUAUACCAGUUCUUUCUGAAGCAAAAGUCAUGCUCUGUCUAACUGUAAGUAUAAAUCCAAUAAAUAGUGAAUGAGUUCUAGACAGUUCUACCCUGUAGAGAUCCGUAACUAAAAUUUUUCACGACUCAAAUAUGAGGUUGUUUUUAAAGGAUGUGUUCUCAUUGGUUGUGUAAUCAUGAGGAUCAGUUUGGCUCCAUGCAGUGUUCUGCAGCAUCCCCCACCCCCAUCUCACAGCACAAGGCUGUUUUUCAUCCUGAUAAACCCUGCAGUUCCCAGCUGUGUGUAUAAUUGGUUGAAAUUUUUGUGGGGGAAAGAGGAGCUAGAAUUAUGGAAAUGGUUAUUUCUUGGUUCUCACUUUAGGCCUUGAGAGGAAGGAGAUAUAUGUAUUUAACAGCCUGUUGGGCAUGGCACUCUUAAGUAUUUAAUUAAAAUUUCAGUGACUGUUUACUGGGUGGGGUAGACUUUCUGCACUUAAAAAAGUUAGUUUUCUGUAUCUUAGGUUUAAAUUUUUUCAUUUGUUUCUUAGUGUAAAGGCAAGUGAAAGUUUAAUAAACUUCUGUGACUACCAAAAUAAAAAAAGCCAAAGCCAUUAAUGUGCACUACCCAGAUCAACCUGGAACCAAAAAUAGGUUUACUUCUGAGUGAUUGUCCAUAUGUGAAUUUAUAGGAUUUAGCUGGCUUAUUACUUCCUUUUGAAAACUUUGUUCGCAUUUUUUCCUAGCUCUCUUCCUUCUCCCUAUCAUCCUCCUACUUCCUUCAUUUUAAAAUCAUAAAUCAGUUCCAACUGGUAAAUAGCAGUAGUCCGUCUUUUCUAUCAAAAUGAUAAUUUCUUCAUUUUAGGAAAAAUAGCAUGUCUGAAAAAUCCCAUGGGCAAAAAACUGUAAAUUUGAAAUUUAAGCCUUAGAAAUUAACCCCAGGUAUGGUAGAAUGAGGCUAAUUGGCUCCAUAGCUUUUUUGGCCCAUUGAAAUAGAAAGUAACCUUGAUCAAAAAUCCUAGUUUGAAAGUCACACUGUAAAGAUUUGACCUAUAAACAUUGGUCCUUUGAUCAUAAAUUUUUCUUCACUGAUUUACACAACAUUAUUUUCAUGUCCAGAACAAAAUAAAGUGAAAGAUAUUUUUGCUAUAAACAUUUUUUUAUCAAGUUUGGGUAUUUAUUCUCACCAUUUUAUAUCCACUCCCCAGAAAAAUGUGCUGUUUGCACAGUAUCCUUUUUUUUAGCAGGUCUUUCAAACCAGAUGGGAGCCUUCUCCGUUGUUGUCCUUAAUGUUGUCGAUAAUAUCUUGCACAGAGAGUCAGAGGUUUUGGACUUGCACCUUGUAGCUGCCUUUGUUUCCUGUAGCUUGAACUGUGAGUGUUUGGAUCAGCUGAUCACAUUGAUCAGGAACUAAAGCCAAAUACUUUGUAGUUUGAUAUGUAAGUAUCCCUUUAAAAAAUUGUGGCAUUUUGAUCUUUAUAUUUUAAUUUAGGGUAUAUUCCUGCCUUCUCUUGGUUUGUCACGUGACUAGAAUAAGAGAAACCAUAACCUAUACUUGCUCCAAUUCUUAAUGCCCAUUUGUUUUUAUGUUAUAAAUUUAUAAGUAUAAUGAAGAUACUUGUGCCCUCAUUGCACCACAACUCUGAAUCUGCCAGGACUAUUGAAGCAGUAAAUCCUCACUGCAAAUUUUGGCCGAACAGUAAGUUCCAACAAAAACAUCUCUUCAUAAUGAAAGAUUUGGAGACUUAGUAAAUCCAAUAUAUACUUCCAUAAAGGUUUAUUGAUUCUUACUUUCUCCAGAUGAUUACUUUCAGUGUGAUAUUUGGGGAGAAAAAGCCUUUAAAUGGUUUUUCUUGGGUGUGACAAAGUCACAUUGUCGUCAUCUGCAUAACCACCUUGAGAAUCUCUCCCAGACUUGAAAUGUGACAGUAAUCAUGGAGAUAUCCAAGAACAAAUCUAAUGUUUAUAAAGUAUUCUCUCCCCUUAAGAAAGAAGGGGAGAAAGAGUUUCCUUGUAUAUUUAAAACUCUGAUUGUUAUUCUGAUAUAUAAGUUUCUACAAAAUGUGAUAUUAAAGUAGAUGUAUCCCUUUAUUAUUACCGUAAAGGCUAUGGCAAAGGGAUGAACCCUCAAAAAAGUGUCACAGGUACAGUUUCAACUUUAAACUUGAACCCCAGUUCAACUUUAAUUUUUGUUGUGCUUUUUCAAGGCUUCUUUACUUUUGAUACACAGAAUGCAAUUGUACUUGACCUUUCAGAAUUGAAACAUGUGGGCUUAUCAGCAAAGGACAAAAACAAAACUGCACAGUCAUAAUAAUCAAAUAGCAAUUAGACUGCACAAUUCAGUGAUUGUAAAGUAUCCUGUAACAAGCAAUGUUUGUCUCCUAUUUUUUGAUACCUCUUAAUCUUAUGUCUUUUAGAAAGACAGUGCCUCUGUAUGCUUUUUGUAUUUUUAUUGAGUGUAAAUAUUUGUUAUAUUUUUGGUUAAGAGAAUGUAAAAUUACCAUUUAUUAUUACCAUAUCUACUAAUACAUUGUUGGAAUCAAUAAAGAGUCUAAUUAACCUUCUCUGAACUUUAUUGAUAAUGUAUGGGAAUAGGUAAAGUAAUUACACUCAGUCAUUCAAGAGGACCAGUCUGGGACCAGCACUGGUUUUUUGUUUUAAGUCUCCAGAAAAAUUGGAAUUGCCCAGUUAUGGUUGACAUUAUGGUAUCUGCGAAGCACCUAGCUAUUGUUUAGUUUUUUAACAGUGUAUUCGACUACGAACCAAGUUUAACAGUGGCUUAAACACUGUUGGAGCUUGUUUUUCUUUUAUGACAGAAAAGUCUACUGGCAGACUGUCUAUGACUGGUAUGGGGAUUCUACAAUUCUGUUGAGGUCUCAGGGAUUCUGACAUUUACACCUGAGGGCAUCAGCACAGUGUUUCAAGAAGGAAAGGUUUGCAGGAAAGGUGCAAAUGUGUGUCCCUUUUAUUAGCAAAACAUCAGCUUUUCUAGAACUCCACUUGCUAAUUCUGCUUACCUUCCACUAGUCAAAACUGUCACAUACCCAGUGGCUGCAAGGAAACCUGGGAAAGGAACUUCUUUAGAUGAGCAGUGGAUGGCUCCUAAUAAAAGUGGUAUUCCUUUCAGUGAAGAAGGAAAGCAUGGAUAUUAAAUGGGCACCUAGCUCAGUCUGCCACAGCAUGCCUAGUGCCCACUCCUUUAGAAAGUACAUUUAUAUGUAAAUGCAGCAAUUUAUGUAUUGGGAUCAGAUCCCUGGACCCUGGCUAAGAAGGGGGAAAUUCUCCUUUAGUACUCCUUUGUAAAAUUUUCCAGUCACUCCUCUGCCCAGAGAAUGUUACUCCCCUGAUAGGUAAGGCUUCUGCCUCCUCCCAGUUCACCCCUUCCCAACACACACACACCAAGGUUUCCUCAAGGCCAUUCCUUCCCCUGAUCUUCCCUCCACAGUUACUAUUUUAUUUCUUUAUUUUGAAAAUAUUGAACGCAAGUAUAGUAGGUUAACUAGUAGCUACCCAAAAAUAUCAAGCUCUAAUCCCUGGAACUUUAAAGGUUACUGUAUUCAAGAAAAGGGUCUCUACAGAUGUAAAGUUAAGCAUUCUGGGGUAAGGCAAUUACUUUGGAUUCUCUGAAUGAGCCCUAAAUACUAUCACAUGUGUCCUUGGGGAGGCAAAGAAAGGAAACACAGAGAAGGCACUGUGAAGCCAGCAGAGAGAUGUAGCCAUGGGCAGAAGAAUGCCAAGAGCCACCAGAAACUAGAAGAGACAAGGAAGAGAUUCUUCCUUAGAGCCUCCAGAGGAAGCGCCAACCUGCCAACACCUUGAUUUUGGUCUUCUCGCCUGUUGUUUUAACCACGCCCUUUUUGGUAAGGUGUUGAUAGCAGCCCUAGGAAACUAAUACAUGCUACUGUUUUUGUCUGACUUUGAAGACUGCAGAACCUACAAUUAAAGGAUAUAGUGGUCCAUAAGUACACCACAGGAACUGUGAGCUGUCUCACUACCUUCAAGAAGCAUUCAUUAAAGAUACGAGAGGCCCAGAGGCCUCCUCUCCAGCAGCCUGGUCAGCCUAUUGUUUUUCCAAGAGUUCACAGAAGGGACAUUUCUCUCAUCCUUGCCACGCUUGAUAUUUUUCCUUUUUCUCAUUUCACGUGUUCUGGGCUUCCAGGGGAAAUCUUCCAAAAAUACAAAUGACCCAACUCUGAACAGGAAUGAAAAGCAGGUAACAUAUAUAAGAGCAAGUUAAACUUCUAACCGUCUAUACAGUGAACAACAUACUCCAAAGACUCCUGGCAACUGCACAUCCAUUCUGACUACUUGUUCUGAAGGCUGAGAAGUCCAAGAUCAAGAUGCUGACAGAUUUAGUGUCUGAUGAGAGCUUGUUUCCUGGUUCAUAAAUGGAGCCACAGCCCAGUUGACAUCUUAACUACAGCCUGGUGAGACCCUCCGCAGAAGACCUAGCCAAGCUGACCCAUUGAAUUUCGGACUCCUGAUUCCCUGAAAUUGUGCUAGUUUAAGCUGUUUAAAUUGUGAUAAUUUACUAUAUAGCAAAAGGAAGCACACACAGGGGGCAGGUGGUGGUCUGGAGAUGCUGGGGACCCAGGUGCUCAGGACUGCAGGAGGCUGGGAAUCCUGUGUGGACUCACUGCUUGGAACCGAACACUGAACCUCCUUUCUAGCUUCUGACCUCCCCAAAACCAGCAAGCCCACUGCAGCCUGGAGCUCAGGUGCUGCCUUUGGGAGGUGUGUCAGUCAUGAGGGUGUAACUCUCAAGAACGGGAUUAAUAUCUGAUACAGGAGACUCCAGCGAGCUCCCCAGCUCCUCCCACCAUGUGAAGAUAUGAAAAGUCUGCACCUGGCAGAGGACCUGCACCUGUGUUGGCACCCUAAUCUCGGACUUCAAGCCUCCAGAACUAAUACUGUGUAGCAAUUCUCAUGAUACAGCACACCUAACUGCCCUAUUCUCAGUACCUGACCAAUACAUUAUAGAUUCUCUAACAGGAUCUGAUUCUCUGGGAUUGAUACCUAUGAAGACUCAAAAUUGCAGCAAUACAAGUGCCUGCUGUACUGGUUAAAUUCGAAAAUGCUUCCAUGUUUUGCCCAUAUAAACCCAGUAUUUA